AUCAAUGCAUUCCUGAUGUUUCUUUUUAGGUGAAUGGAAGUGAUCUUUACUCGAGUUAUCUCUUUUAGGGCUUUCUGUGGAAUUAUUUUCAAUGGACCAAUGUUGUUUGAGUAAAUCAUCAUUUUCGCCCUCCAAAUUCUAAGUGUCCAUUAAUUUAGUCUUUCAAAUUUACGAAAUGGCAGUUUAUUCCGUAAACAUUAGUCGGAUCUUGACUUUGAGUCGGAUCCAUGGCCAACAAUCUCUGACAGUGCUAAAGAUUUGGUAAAACUGAUGUUGGAUAGAGACCCUAAGAAUAGAAUCUCUGCUCAUAAUGUCUUAUGUGAGUUCCUUUGAUACUGAUUUCAUAACGUCUUAUGUAAGUUAUUUGGUUUGGUUCACUCUGUUUGAUCUUGUUUCAUUACUUUGGCUCAUUUUAUGAAGUGAUAUAGGGGUGAUAUCUGAAGAGUGGUUCAAUGAGAUGAGGAACAAUGCAUUAAGUACAAACUUUGAAUAAUUGAGCUCAUUUUGAAUUUUCUUUUGGGUUAUUUGUAUCUCCCAUACCUACAUUUAGGAGAAUUAUCAGAAAUGGUUCAACAGAAAUGUUCUCAGGGUUACUUUACAUUUAUUCCUUAUUGAACUGCUUAAUUUGUUUGUGGUAUGGAACUCCUUUGAUAUCACAUGAUAAUAUUUUGGUUACAACGGUUAAUUCGAUUGGAACGGUUACUUUGGCUUCUCGUUCAUAUAAAUACAAUCUAUGUAAUCAUGAUAUAAAUCAAUUUGCGGAGCAGAUAUGCUCUAGACGUAUGAAUUUGAGAGGUUUGCCUUUUUUUUUUGUAAAUUAAAAGAACUAAGCUAGUAAUUUAUUGUAGUCAUGUCUUAAUAACAUGUAUGUAUGCUAUGUAUGCCACGGACAUGCCGUCAAUGAAACCUCAUGGCUGGCAGGAUGAAUCUAUGAAGUCUGCAUUUGGAAGAGCAAGAAGAGGCACCAUUGGAAUGAUAUGCAUGGACUUCACAGAAUCAGAUACAGACAUAUCAUUCGUAAGCUCUGGGAGGCCAAGCAGUGCUUAUUCAUCCUCUAUUUACGAUUGCAUGGACUCCGCUCAAACUUCACAAGUUUCUACUAGUUCAAAUUGUAUUGUAAAUAAUGGUUUAUGAAUAUAUGCCAAAUGUCACACUAAGGGAUCACCUUUCUGUUACAUCAAAAGAACCUCUGACUUUUAUCACGAGAUUGAAAAUCGCGCUAGGGUCAGCUAAAGGUCUCAUGUAUCUACACAAUGAAGUUGAUCCUCCCAUAUUUCAUCGGGAUGUCAAGGCCAGCAACAUAUUAUUGAACUCAAAGCUCGCUGCAAAAGUGGCAGAUUUUGGACUUUCAUGGCUUGCCCCAGUUCCAGAUAUGGAAGGCAUUGUUCCUGGUCAUGUAUCUACAGUGGUAAAAGGGACACCGGGUUACCUUGAUCCGAAGUACUUCUUAACUCACAAGUUGACCGACAAGAGUGAUGUUUACAGUCUCGGUGUUGUGUUUCUUGAACUUUUGACCCGAAUGCAUCCUAUCUCACAUGGCAAAAAUAUUGUUAGAGAGGUUAUUCUUUCAUACCAAGCUGGCGUAAUAUUUUCAAUCAUCGACGAGCGAAUGGGGUCAGUAACAAUACUGAUGUGGGAUGUUGAUGCAAUUAUGUGCAUUUCUUGGAGCAGUUGUCCCGAAUUGGCUUAAUAGUAACUUAAAAUUCUUUGCUGUGUUAUCCUUCCGGCGUGUUUAGAAUUUCUUCUACCGUCAUUCACUCUCAGCCAGUUGACAUUUUUUUUGUGCUCCAGUCAUGUUUCAUUGUGAUUCAACCAGCUGCAGCUUCUCUGGUGAUGGUGAAACUCAUUCAUCCCUGCAAGUCCUUAUACAUGCUAGCUGUUAUAAACUUGUUAUUAAGUGAAUUAUUUCAAUUGGUACCAUUAAGAAGUUUGACUAACAUUGUGUUUUGUUUCUGUUUGAGAUCAUUUCUAUAGAGAAUAUUGAACAAUAAUCAUUGUUAUUAAGUGAAUUAUUUCAAUUGGUACCGGUUUCUAUCACUAACCUUUAGAUGUGGCAUGGUUUGUAUGAUGCAAAUGGUUGAAAAUCAAAAGGUUGAGGAGGAAAAUCUACAAGAUCAAAUACAAAUGGUUGAAGAGGAUAAGGACAUAGAAAUGUUGCCAAAAUGAAAGCCAAAGAAGAAGAAGAAAACUUAUAUAUGAAGAAAGUGUUAUGACUUAGUUAAAAUAUAAUUUUUAUGUGUAUGAUUUUAUAGUAGUUGAAAUAUUAUUACUGUACAUGAUUUUCUAUACUUUUUGGUUAAUAUUAAAAAUAUUUUGACUUAGUUAAAAUAUGAUUUUUAUGUGUA